AUGGCGCUAGGAGGUCUCAACGCGCAUGUGAGCAAGGUGAGCGUCGAGAUGGAUCUGACGCACCUCCGCAGCGGCUUCAAGCGGGGCUCUCGCCAGGAAGCCAUCGAGGUGGACCUUGCGGACGGAGGCAGCAGACGCGGCUCGGGGUGA